UAAACCGUUGUUGUAUUUAAAUACACCAGUGACACACUUUUACUUAUUUUUCUCUAAAGUUUACUUAUUUUUCUCUGUCCUGUACUUCACUGCACAUUCUCGCGCAGCAUUAACUGUCACGUGAGUUGGCUCGUGACAACAGGAAGAAGGAAUGGCAACUGUGAGGAUGCUGCUGCUGCUUUGACCCUUUUCAACUCUGGAUUUUAAUAUCUGCAGAAAGCGACGGACAACAAUGGCUUCUUUUAUAAAAGAAACACAAAGCAUAAAAGAAGCGGUGACUUUCAUCAACGCUAUUGAUGAGAACAAGUUCUCCAGGCUGAUCUCCCGCAUCAUACAAAAGCUUCACCUGAAGGGAGAGCGGACAUUCAGUGAAGAGGAGGAAGAAAAACUUCAGACUGCCCUCUUAUUAGAUAAACAGGCUCUCAGUCUAGUCCUGGAAACAGCUGCCUUUAUACUAGAGCAGGCAGUGUAUCAUAAUGUAAAGCCAGCCUCUCUAAAGCAACAGCUGGAGGGGGUUCAUCUAAACCCGGACAAGGCUGAGGUGUUCUCUCAAACCUGGGCUAGUUCUGGACCUGAGCUGGUGGAGAAACUAAAGCACAAUACCUUUGCCCCAAAGAAGCUGGAGUAUGUCGGCUGGCAGUUGAACCUGCAGAUGGCCCAGUCCAGCCAAGCCAGACUGAAGUCCCCCAGUGCUGUCCUCCAACUGGGCCUCCGCAAUGAAGACUCUGAGGUUCAGGAAAAUGUCUUUGUUGAUUUUAACCACAAGGAGCUGCUUGACCUCUACAACAAGCUUGAAAUUGUGCAAGGCCAGUUGGAUUCCCUGACCUGAUGCCUGGUGCUCUCUCACAUACACAGACACACACGCACACACGCACACACACACACACACACACACACACACAAACACACACACAGUGUUUUUGCUGAAAGCUAUGCCAGCUGUUCUAUUCUUGCUCUGAUUUGUUAGAGAAAAAUGUCUAACUUUGAUGGAAGGGGUUUCUUUCCCCUCUAAGCUCCCUUUUAUUCCAGGUUUGUGCUCAUAACUUAGAGGCUGGUGUGAUAAAUUAUGAUAAAUCUGAUUGUAAUUUUACUGAAACACAUUUCUUAGUAACAUUUUCUAUGUGCAGCAGUAAGUUACAAAAAUGUUUGAUGGCCCUAGGAAUUAGUUAUUAUAAUAUUUAAAAGAUGUGCCAAUAGUCAAUGAUCGUGAAUAUUUGUUUGUACCCAUAGAAAACUAAGUUAAGGAAAAUGCUAUUUUGAGUUAUAAACAACUUAAUUUUGUAACAGGGAGAGAAACUAGUGUUCAUGACAUUCUAAUAAAAUCUAAAGUGGAGGUGAAAUCCA